AUGGGAUCAUUUCUAAUUUUUUUGAAUUUACGAGAACGUGAGUUUUUUUGUUGUCGAAAUUAAACAUCGGCUAACAAAUUGAAAAAAGGUAUAAAGUAGUUCGAAGACUUAAUUUCCAAUGAAAAUUAGGCUUUUUCGAAGAUUUCAAAAAAAAAGUGUGCGCCCAAAAACUCUUCCCUUCAAGACUCAACACACAAACUGCAUGUCCCUUUAAACACACAGUAAAUUUUUGUUUACUUAUUUUUAUUUUGUUGUUUUGUUGCGAAAGUCAUUUCAAAUUCUCCCUGCAGCUAUUGUACAAUGCCACGUAUCUACAAUUGGAAUGUAUUUAAACAAUUGAAGUAGUUGUCGGCGAACAUGAAAAGGUGAGUCCAAAUUUGUCUUCGCAUCGCUGCUACUUUGAUGAAUGUGGGAAUUUAUCGAAUUUUCAAUUUAUUUGUAUUUAUAUUGAAAAAACUUCAGCGGUGUGACGAAUAUGUGUCAAUCAUAUUUUGUGGCAAAAUGCAGUCUUUUUAUUUUUCAUUGUCGAUUUUAAAAUAUUCACCAUUGAAAUUGUUUUUCGGGGAAAAAUUAACGAAAUUUUAAUUAGCAGAUAAUUUUUCUCUAUAAUUCUUGUGGCAACCAUAACUAACAAACUAUUUAAAUUAUUUUUCUGUCAACAAAUCCAGUUUGUUCAAAAUGUUAAUCUUCAAAUCCAAAAUCCUUUUUUCUUCCACUUUUUUUUUGAUGCAAAAAACCCUCAUCGAAAAAACUCCAAAUCUUUGAAAACCAAUUAUUUGAAACGCGUCAGCCUCCUCCCUCUUUACACAUUUCUCUUUUGUUUGCGUAUUCUUGGCACAUGCAAUAGCAUUUUUCGGUCAAUAAAAUAAAUCUUGUGAUUUUUUGCGGACCACCAAAUGUUUUUAUUUUAGAUUCUUCCAUGUUGUAACAGAAUGAACACUGGAAAUGAAUUAGAUGUUACUUUAGUUGAUUAUUUUGUUGUAGCUGGAUAUGACCAAGACAUCGGACUUAUUGUAAGUUUUUUUAAAUUAAAAUAAUUGAAUACGUAUGUUAUUUUCAGCUUGAUACUUCAUAUGAUCAAAAUCAAACUCCUGGAGAAUCACCAGGAAGUUCAAAUCCAGUAAAUCGUCCGCCUUUGAAGAGAUCAUUUGUUGCAAAAAUAAUUAAUCAUUUUCCUCAAAGAAGACCUGGAAAUCCAUUCCCUGACGGAAUAUUACCGGUAAGAAAAUUCUCAAAAGUUUUAUAUUUAUGGUAUCAAAUUUAUUUCUAGUUAUGUAUGCCAAAAGGUCUCCGUUUUUACACCGAAAAAGAUGUUCCGGAUAAGCCUGAAACCCAUACAUUUGCAAAUAUUCGCGAAGACGGCUCUCGAAUAAACGGAACUGCUCUUACAUUUUUUGAAGAAGUUAAAGAUGUCACAAUUUGUGAACAAAUGUCACAAUUACAACAAGAUCAUGUGAGAGAAUUGACUGUAAAAAGUAUUGCUGAAAAUUCUCAAAGAAGACCUCAUGUACCGCCAGGAACUGUUAGUGGAGGAACACAUACAUUAUCAAGGAGAAGAGAUAAAAUAAAACGAAUAUCAUAUUAUGAAGGAGGUGGACACAAUACACUUUAUAUGUUUGUUUUUUUGAAAAAUUGUUAUUUUAAAAUAUAUUCAAAAUUUCAGGUCUCGCACAAUUUGUGUUAUUUCCCGACUACCACUUGUAAACGCAACAAAAUCAUUGUUAUCUGCAUUUUACUCGAUUUUAUCUUCAAAAAAUGCUCCAAAGUUACCAUUGGAAUCGUACAUUUAUUGGUGUUUAUAUGAAGUUCCAAUGCCAUCGCCAAGUACAACUUUAAAGGUUUGAUUGCCAUUUAUUUUUCCUGACACGAAAUAUUUUAUCACUUUGCAGAUUUCCCUAAUCGAUACAACAAUUGUUGUUCAAAGACCUGGUCAGAAAGAACUUCCAUUUUUUGAUGAUUCAAUUGGUAGACUUUUCGAUUUCAUGAAGAUCGAGAAAUUUAUCCGACUAUUUUCAUGUUUUCUAUUAGAACAUCAAAUUUUGUUAUGUUCAAAAGAUUUAUCUCGUUUGAUGACUGUUUGUGAAACACUUCUUGCUUUAUCAUUUCCAUUUCGAUGGCAAAUGGUUUAUGUUCCAGUUUUACCGUAUUCACAAUUGAAGUUUGUUGAAGCGCCGGUAAGACUUUCAAAUUGUUUUUUUUCUUCAAAACUGCAAAUGUGAUUUUUUAAGGUUCCUUAUGUUAUGGGAUGGUGUUAUGAGGAAAGUGUUCCAGAAACAUUAUUUCAAUCAAAUGUUUGUGUUGUUGAUUUGGAUACUGGAAGAGCUGAAUUACCUGAAGAUGUUCCUAAUUUUCCUGGAGCUAAACAAUUGGCGAAUGAUAUUAAAAGCGCCAUUCAGAGGUUGGUUUUUCGACCGAGAGCUUUUUUAAGUUAAUUUUUUUGAAGAUUAUCAAUAAAUAAACCCGAAGAAAAUAUGAUAGCUUCAAUUGAUACAAUCAAAAAUUAUGUUGAUGAAGAGGAAUCAGAAAGUGUAUAUAAUGGUGUGAAAAUGCGGAAAAAACCAAUAAAUCGAAGAUUAGAAGAUUGGUCGAUUAAAAGAAUGAGUCGAAGUUUUGAUGAAGGAAAUGCUGAUGAUUUAAUGAUAAUGAAAAGACCAAGUCGAAGUGGAUUACAACCAUUACCUUUGGAUAAUAAUGCAUUGAGAAAUAAUUCAACAUUAGCAAAAGUUGCUGAAAUUGCGAGAAGAGCUGGAGUUGUUGUUGAUAUUGAUGCUGAACUUGGAGCUGCACAACAACAAAAUAUUGAUUCUCCAAUUGCCAGACAUUAUUUUGCUGUGAGUCUUUUAUUCUCUUUUCUUUUUUCUUUAAAAAAAAUAAUAUUUUUGUUUAGGAUGCGAAGGUAAAUAAUGCAAUUCGUGAAUGUGUUUUGAAUCGAUUCGUUGAAAUGUUUUAUUCCUAUGAACAUUUUGUUAUUGGUGGACAAGGAUGUGAUGAUCGAGAAACUUAUGAAGCAAAUCGCGAAAGUAUGGCUAGCUUUGAUAAAGCAUCAUUUCUAUCUGAUCAACCUGAUAGUCAUCUCACAUUUCUUGCCGCUUUUCUCGAAACUCAAAUGUUCACCUCAUUUAUUGAUGCAAAAAUUUUGUCACAAUGGGAGACUCCUGAUGAAGCAGUUGUACUUUUUGAUCAAAGAAUUAGUUCAAUGCGUGAUUUAUUAGGUGUUUCAAUUGUUAGAACACCAACAUAUGAAACAAAUCCACCAUUUGCAUUAACUGAAGAAUUGAUUAUAAAACGAGAAGAAUCGGCUGAUUAUAUGGUUCCUGCUGCACAUAAUUUAGCUGGUGCAUUUUCAAUAAGAUAUGAUGGUUGUUGGCCAAUUAAUCAAUUAAAUACAACACUUCUUGAUGGAGCUAAUUUGAUGAGUCCAGCACCAUCGCCAUGGAAACAAAGAUAUCCGAGAUUGAGAAAUAGAACAUCUGAAGUGAGUUAAUUUGAAAAAAGUAGAAGCUGAUUGGUUUUAUUUCAGACAUCUCCAAAAACAUCAAAUGCUCGACCAACAAGUGUUUAUGGAGGAGCUGGUUUAAUGCAAGUUGAUUCAAGUGUUCAAAUUGCACAACAACAGUAUGGAUUUGUUCAGCAACUUUUGAAAGAGACGAAAGGUUGGUCAAUUUUUCAAAUAAUAUAUUUCUAAGUAACAGCACUGCUCCAUCACUGUGUUUUGUAUAUUCUCACAUAUUUCAUUUUCGCACACAAUGCAUAUCAAUAAAACAAACAGGUUCUCCGCGCGCGCGGAAAAUUUUUUCACCGAUUACAACGCCUUUUCCAAAAUCGUAUUGAACAGCCCGUUUUAUUUAUAUGAAGAACACGCUGAUGAAAACAUGUGGGGGUAUAGCUCAGUGGUAGAGCGCUCCCUUAGCAUGGGAGAGGGCUGGGGUUCAAUUCCCCAUACCUCCAAGACAUUUUUUUGUUUUGAAUUGAGAGAUUUUUUGCAAAAAUUUGUUCUAGACACAGAAAAGCUUCGGGAACUUUCUUGACAAAUGUUUCCAAAUUUUGUGGAUCAGCUGAAAAAUUUUGCCGAAGUCAAAUUUUUUGGGCUUAAAAGCUCAAAUUUUGAGCUGAAAUUCAUGAAAAACCGCACAAAAUUUUCGUCUAAAAAUGCGUUGAAGCUUCUGAUUUUUUAAAGAAAAUAAGGUCGUACAGAAAUUAUUCAUUAGUCGGGAAAAAAAUCUCAAAACGGCAAUAAAAUUGUUAUUUUACAGCCAAAACAAAACGAAUGCUUGUCGAUAAAAUGGGAAAAGAAGCAGUACAAUUAGGUCAUUUGGAUGCUGGUAUAACAGGAGUUGAAGAAAACACUUUGGUCGCCUCGUUUUGUGAUCUUCUUGAAAGAAUUUGGACACAUGGAUUGAAAAACAAGCACGGAAAAUCAUCACUUUGGAAUUAUGUGCUACAGCAUCAAGAUUUUGAGAAACCUGGUUUGACAACUCGCGCUUCUUCUACUUCAAUGUUGACACCAGGUUUUUAUUUUUAUUCAUUUCUCAAAUCUUCUAUUUCAGAUUUAUGUAACUUCUUCUUUUAAAACUUAUCCCUAUUUAGCAUUAGCGUGGCUCGUUUUAAGACGAAAAAUUGAACGUAAGAAAUAUUUGUGAGAGCGACAAAAACUUGAGCUUCUUGAAUAUUUUUCGUUGUACAGUGUUUGUGAAACACACUGUUGUUUUUGUGAAUUUCAGUUAUGUGUGAUAUUGUUGUCAUGUGGCUUUUCAGGUUUUCGUGCUCCAUCCUUACCUCCUGCAAUUGAUGAAGUACCUGCUCCAAUUAUUCUUUCACCACAAAAUGAAUCGGAUGUUUUAUCGACUAUUACGGAUAUUGUGGAUUCGAUUCGAGUUUCUGAUGAACCUUGGUCGAAAUCACUUUUACGAGCCGCGACUUUUAUAGCAGACAAAAUCAAAGAUAAUAAUGGAAAUCCAGUUGGAACAAUUCCAGAAGAACCAAGAAGAUCGAGAUAUCCAACAAGUGGUUUAUUGAUUAGAUCAAGAAAUCCAAGUCAAGAACCACAAAAAUGUAGCAUGAUGAAAAAAUCGAGCAGUAUUGGUGGUUUGUAGCUUUUCUUCCUAUGUUAUCAAAAAUAUAUUCAUUUUUUUCGAUUUUUUCAAAAAGUGAAAAUAUUUUAUUCGUAUUUUUCCUUUAUAUUUCCAAUUGUUUCGUUUUUACGAAAAUAUAUUGUGAAAUUGCACUUCUUUCCUUUCCGAAAAAAAUUACAAAUUCCGGAAUCCGAAAAAAUAGAAAAAAACAGGAAAUAGCUUCACGUGUGGUUCUAGUUUGGGCCUGACUGAGCAGCUUUGAAUUGUUUUAUAUACAAAAAUCUGAUGUGAAUAUUUCAGAUUUUACAAAUCCAGCAUGGAAUGGAUCACAGACAGAUGUAUCAAACUUGGGUGGAUAUGCAAGUGUUGAAGGUUCACCGCGGAAAAUGAGAUCGCAAAGUCGAGCAAGAAGUCCAGAUGGAGCUAGAGUUGUGUUAUCUCCGCUACCAACACAUGUUGCAUAUGAUCUUAAGUAAGUUACAAGUUUUGGCCGGAUACUCGAAAAAUAUGGAAUUUUCGGGUAAUUUUUAUGUGAAUUUUAUGCUGAAGAUUUUCCAGUUGAAUUUACACUUCAUGAACUCAAUAAUUUUUUCUACAGAAACGUGCUUCGUAUGACAGAAAUAAAAACAGAUAUCGGCUAUGCUCGUGCAUUUGUUCGCCUUGCUCUCGAAAGAAAACUUCUUCAUAAACAUCUUGGUGCUCUUUUGAAUAAUUCUCGAGUUAUUGAAGAUAUCUAUAAACCUUAUGCAUUUGUUGCCAGCGAAGAAGAAAGAGAACAAUUCCUUUUUCAUAUUUUAUCAUUAAAUGCUGCACAAUUUCGAUGUUUCACCAAUACAUUUACUAAAACGAGUGAGUUAAUUGAACCAACUUUAAAAAAAACUAAAAAGCGUUUUGUUUUUCUAGAAAUGGAUUAUCAAGUUGUAAUUGUUACUGGAUCUUGGCGUGGAACACUUCCUGCAAUUUGGGUUACUAUUGAAGGAACACUUUGUAGUAGUCCACAAAUUAGUUUGAAACCGAAUACACCACUAUUUAAAUUUGAUGUGAGUUUAAACAAUUUUCAACGGAAUUUAAUUUUUCUGAAAUUUUUGCAGCAUAAAAAUCUUGGUGUUUUAUCAACACUUCGAAUCGGCCAUCAAUCAACACACAAAUGGUUUCUUGAAUAUAUUAUUGUUCGAAAUGAAAUCACCGGACAAACAUAUAAAUUUCCAUGUGGUCGUUGGUUUGGAGAAGAUCGAUGGUUUGGAAAUGGAGAAGACAGUACACUUGAAAGAGUAUUGAUUGCUGAAGCAUUUGUUGAAUUUGAAAGAAAUGAGAUGAUGAAUAAUCGAGGUGAAACAGGAAAUGCAAGUGGAUAUGAAUCGGAUCGAGAACCGUGUUCACCAGCAAGAACGAGAAGAACAAUGUCACGAAGUCAAACACCGCAAAGAGAUAGAAGUCCAUCAAAUGGUAGAAGUCAGGAACAAAAUUCGAGAUCAAGAAGUAAGUUAUAA